CCCUUGGAGAAAAAGUGGAGUGUGGUGGCGCUCGCUGCUGGUUAUUUCCUUUGGACUGCUUGGUGGGGCACGGAUUCGGCUGCUGCCCGGUGAGGAUUUGCUGCCCCCACCCCCCUCCGGCCCCCCUACACACACACAUAGACACAUACCCCACCUCGGGCACCCCCUUGGAUCGGUCCACCAUGAGGAAAGGACUGCGGGGCACCGCGGCCCGCUGCGGACUGGGGCUGGGAUACUUGCUGCAAAUGCUCGUGCUACCUGCCCUGGCCCUGCUCAGCGCCAGCGGCACCGGAUCGGCCGCCCAAGAUGAUGACUUUUUCCAUGAACUCCCAGAAACGUUUCCAUCGGAUCCACCUGAGCCUCUGCCACAUUUCCUUAUCGAGCCAGAAGAGGCUUAUAUUGUGAAGAAUAAGCCUGUGAACCUGUAUUGUAAAGCCAGCCCGGCCACCCAGAUCUACUUCAAGUGCAACAGUGAAUGGGUUCAUCAGAAGGACCACAUAGUAGAUGAGAGAGUAGACGAAUCCUCGGGUCUCAUUGUGCGGGAAGUGAGCAUUGAGAUUUCAAGGCAGCAAGUAGAAGAACUCUUUGGGCCCGAAGACUAUUGGUGCCAGUGUGUGGCCUGGAGCUCUGCGGGCACCACAAAGAGCCGGAAGGCCUACGUGCGCAUUGCCUAUCUACGAAAGACAUUUGAGCAAGAGCCCCUGGGAAAGGAAGUGUCAUUGGAACAGGAAGUCCUACUGCAGUGCCGACCACCUGAAGGGAUCCCAGUGGCUGAGGUGGAAUGGUUGAAAAAUGAAGACAUAAUUGAUCCGGUUGAAGAUCGGAAUUUUUAUAUUACUAUCGAUCACAACCUCAUCAUAAAGCAGGCCCGGCUCUCAGAUACGGCAAAUUAUACCUGUGUCGCCAAAAAUAUCGUAGCCAAGAGGAAAAGCACAACAGCCACCGUCAUAGUCUAUGUUAAUGGUGGCUGGUCCACCUGGACAGAGUGGUCUGUGUGUAAUAGCCGCUGUGGACGAGGGUAUCAGAAACGUACAAGGACCUGCACCAACCCAGCCCCACUCAAUGGUGGAGCCUUCUGCGAAGGUCAGAGUGUGCAGAAGAUAGCCUGUACUACGUUAUGCCCAGUGGACGGCAGGUGGACCCCCUGGAGCAAGUGGUCUACAUGUGGCACUGAGUGCACGCACUGGCGCAGGAGAGAGUGCACAGCACCCGCUCCCAAGAAUGGGGGCAAAGACUGCGACGGCCUGGUCUUGCAAUCCAAGAACUGCACGGAUGGGCUGUGCAUGCAGACUGCACCUGAUUCAGAUGAUGUUGCUCUCUAUGUUGGGAUCGUGAUAGCAGUGAUCGUUUGCCUGGCCAUCUCUGUCGUGGUGGCCCUGUUUGUGUAUCGGAAGAAUCAUCGUGACUUUGAGUCUGAUAUCAUUGACUCUUCCGCACUCAACGGGGGCUUCCAGCCUGUGAACAUCAAGGCAGCCAGACAAGAUCUUCUGGCAGUGCCCCCAGACCUCACGUCAGCUGCAGCCAUGUACAGGGGACCUGUCUAUGCUCUGCAUGAUGUCUCAGACAAAAUCCCAAUGACCAAUUCUCCAAUUCUCGAUCCACUGCCCAACUUGAAAAUCAAAGUAUACAACACCUCAGGAGCCGUCACUCCCCAAGACGACCUCUCUGAGUUCACAUCCAAGCUCUCUCCACAGAUGACCCAGUCCUUACUGGAAAAUGAGGCCCUCAACCUGAAGAACCAGAGUCUCGCCAGGCAGACGGAUCCAUCCUGCACUGCCUUUGGCACCUUCAACUCUCUUGGAGGUCACCUCAUCGUGCCCAAUGCAGGAGUAAGCUUGCUGAUUCCUGCCGGGGCCAUUCCCCAAGGGAGAGUCUACGAAAUGUAUGUGACAGUACACAGGAAAGAAAGUAUGAGGCCGCCCAUGGAAGACUCUCAGACACUCUUGACCCCGGUGGUGAGCUGUGGGCCUCCCGGAGCCCUGCUGACGCGACCUGUGGUCCUCACUCUCCACCACUGUGCAGAUCCCAACACCGAGGACUGGAAGAUCGAGCUCAAGAACCAGACAGCACAGGGACAGUGGGAGGAUGUGGUGGCGGUUGGAGAGGAAAACUUUACUACCCCCUGCUACAUUCAACUGGACGCAGAGGCCUGUCACAUCCUCACAGAGAACCUCAGCACCUACGCGCUUGUUGGGCAUUCUGUCACCAAAGCGGCUGCCAAGCGCCUGAAGCUAGCCAUCUUUGGACCCCUCUGCUGCUCCUCCCUGGAGUACAGCAUCCGAGUGUACUGUCUGGAUGACACACAGGAUGCCCUAAAGGAAGUUUUACAGCUUGAGCGGCAGCUGGGAGGGCAACUUCUGGAGGAACCCAAGGCUCUCCAUUUUAAAGGCAGCAACCACAACCUGCGCCUGUCCAUUCACGACAUUGCCCAUUCCCUCUGGAAGAGCAAGCUGCUGGCUAAAUAUCAGGAAAUUCCUUUUCACCAUGUCUGGAGUGGGUCUCAAAGAAACCUGCACUGCACCUUCACUCUGGAAAGGUUUAGCCUGAACACCGUGGAGCUGGUGUGCAAACUGUGUGUGCGGCAAGUGGAAGGAGAGGGGCAGAUUUUCCAACUCAACUGCACCGUGUCUGAGGAGCCUACUGGCAUCGAUCUGCCCUUGUUGGACCCGGCCAGCACCAUCACCACCGUCACAGGGCCCAGUGCGUUCAGCAUCCCACUCCCCAUCCGGCAGAAGCUGUGCAGCAGCCUGGAUGCCCCACAAACCAGAGGCCAUGACUGGAGGAUGCUGGCUCAUAAACUGAACCUGGACAGGUACUUGAAUUACUUUGCCACCAAAUCGAGCCCAACUGGCGUCAUCCUGGAUCUCUGGGAAGCCCAAAACUUCCCAGAUGGAAAUCUGAGCAUGCUGGCAGCUGUCUUGGAAGAAAUGGGCAGACAUGAAACAGUGGUGUCUCUAGCAGCAGAAGGGCAGUAUUGAUUGACCACACUGGAAAAUGAAAAACGUGCAGGGAGUCUGUGUCUGUCCAGAGAACAACACACAGCCAGGAGGGAAACCCAGACCCGACCAAUGAGCUUUCCAGGCAAGAUGGCAACAGAGAGCACUGGGAAAGAGGCCACCACCCAUGUACACGCCCACUCUCCUCGGACAGCACCUCGGGAGUUAAGAAAAGUUGUGUAAAUUUGUACCUUGAAUUUAGAAAUCACUCUAAUUUUCCUCUUAGUUGGGCUGUAUGCUAUAUGGUACAGGAUCUUACAGUUUCCUAGGAAACGCUUUUUAUUGCUAUCCAGCUCUAUGGAUAAACUUUCUUAACAAACCCAAUUUCUACAAAUGUUGUUUACAUCAGAUUGGACAGGGAUGCAGACACUGUCCAUGGCUUGUUCUAUUUUUGUUCAGAUCAUUUGGAGUUGAAGCUGUGGACGGUUUGUUGUGUCUAUUACAGAUUAGUGAUUUACAGAGAGAUCGCAGACUUUUUGUUGUUGUUGUUUUUUUUGUUUUGGCUACAAAUUGUGUACAUUGAGUGUCUCAGACAAUAGCCAACCCCCUCCCCCCAUCACCGUUCCUGUUUCUGGAACUUUGUAGAACCAGUGUUACCGUUUGUAUCAGGGAAGUGCUAAGGAGAAAUGACUGAGUUCUUAAUGCCUUGGGGUGGGAUUGGGCUCAUUGGAUGUCCUUUGGGAAGAAAGCUGUAGCUCUGC